AUGGAUAUGCAUGGCCAUUCUCAGCAUGAUUCUGGAAAACUAGAACAAAUUAUUUCCCAGUUUCUAUUGAAGAGCUUGCACAUCAUUUUGGACUCUAGGAUUCCUUCUCUUCAUCCCCAUGAUCGGAGUGGGGACCUUUCUUCCAUUUCUCCUGUUAAAAAGAGCGACAAAUGGUUCAAUUUAGUUCUUGGAGACCGCCCUGCUGCUCUAGAUAACUUGAAUUUUUGGCACAGAAAUCUUAUGGAUCCAAUGAUAAUUGAUGUAAUACUUGUUCACCAAACUUCUCCUGCAUCUUCAUCUAUGGACAAUCUGUAUGCUGAGCCUGGGACAUCUGUCGAGACAGUUAUAGAGAGGUGGGUUGUUCACUAUGAGUCCCUGCGGGUUAUGCCUCCCCAAACUGGUGAAAGUUCCGCCUCCUACAAGAAGACAUAUAAGAAGUCAAUCAUACUUUUACGCUCUCUUUAUUCCCAUAUGAGGCUUCUCCCAGCAUAUCGGAUCUUUCGCCAGCUAAGCUCAUCUAAUCAAUCUUACAAUUUCGAUAUCAUCUACAAAGUUUCUUCAUUUUGCGAACCCUUCUCUAGGGCAGAUGAGGAAGUAAUGAAGGAGCUCAGUUUUGUCCCUGUUGAGGCCCUGCCUGGCCGCCUUUGUGUAUCCGUGACCUAUCGUUCAACACUACUAUCUGAUUUCAAGCUUGAGCCCGUCACAACGAUGCCACCAAAGAUUAUAAUGGACUAUGUUGGUAGCCCUACCACUGAUCCUCUUAGGUCUUUCCCCUCUUCAGAGAAGGGAGUUGGUGCUACAUCCUUUCCACUGAUAGGAAUGCAGACUCCUGUUUCUUCUCCUUUUCAACGCCCGCAUAGCUGGUCAAGUGGUUACCAUAGAGCAGCUCAUCUGAUGAACCAACCACUGGGUGGAUCACCACCAGCUUAUCGCACAUCUCGCAUGUCAUGUGAUUUUCCAUCUCCUCCUACUGAUAUCUAUGGUCAUAGAGCCCAAAACUAUAGACCACCAACUCCUCAAAAGGGUAAUUGUUAUGAUGAGUACCAGCUUUCCCCUCCAUUCUCACCAUUGAUGUCCCCUUCUACCCCAACACACUUCUACAGUGGUAGUCCUGUGCUAGCUCACGUUACUUCAGAAACUGCCCCUGUAACCAUUCCAUUUCCUAUAUCAGGCAGAAGUUCUAGGUACCUUUCUCCUAACUUUUCUGAUUCAAGCAGGCAUUCUCUUCCACCUUUAUCUCCCAGAAGCACAAGGCACGACUCGUCAUCACAGGAGUCUCCCUCUGGAAUUCGAUCAAUCAAGAAAUCAGAAGCUAUAAGGUUUUCAGAGUUAAACUCUGGCAACGUAAAUCAUUGUUCUGGUCAAAAGCUGCUCAAAGAUAGCAAAGAUGAUUCGGGGCGGUUCUCAGGAUUGUUAUCUUCUAGCGGCUCUCCACGCUUUGGUUUUUCUAGAAGUUCAAGUAGAUUAUCUUUCCAAGACGACUUAGAUGAUGAUGAUUUCUCGUGUCCUUUCGAUGUUGAUGAUGUUGAUACAUCAGAUUCCCAUGCCAGUCAGAACCUUGAUGGCAAGAAAAAUCUGGAGUCCAGUUCCCACACUGCAUCAAUAGGGAAAAAAUCCCAAGAUGCUGCUGUGGGUAUCCUUGUUCACAUGCUGAGGACAGCUCCUCCCCUGCGUCAAGAUCCAAGUUGUUACUCAUCCCAGUCCUUGAGGACUGACAUCGAGGAAGGGAUUGGCACAGCUUCUGGGUUUUUUAUGCCAAGAAAGACAGCAGAUGCACUGGAAGAGCUCAGGAGUUACAGAGAUAUGAAAGACUUGCUACUCUCUAAGAGUGGAACUCGGGUUACACUAAUUGCUGCCUGCUACUCUACAAUCAUAUCAUGCAUCCGAAAUGAGGAGAAUAUAAUUGAAGAAAAUGGAUUCUUUUGCCGAGUGUCCCUUUUGUCAUCUAACCCUUCCUCCGUCACAACUUCAAAGCAAUAUAUAUUCGAUGGUGGAUGCAGGCAUGCCAACAGCCACUUUGAAAAGGAUGAUGAUGCUGUUGUUGUUGACACUGAAAAGGAUGAGCAACUUGCAAGGGACCUGAAAUUGGCCCAACAACUUUCUAUUGCUCCCCCAUCUUCUACAUCCACACUCCAAGAUAACAACACUAUGGGUGAGAAGAUUUCUUGUUUGAUUGCUUUGCAGAAUAGGAGCUCCUUUUACCAUGUCAAAACCCCUGGUGGUUUGAUCUCCUUGCUGUCCAACUGUUUCGAACUAGAUGCUGAUGCUAGGUACUCCACGGUCUUAUUGUCUGGCUAUGUUGACCACUUUCAGACCUUGCAUUCUGAAGAUGUUGGAUGGGGUUGUGGUUGGCGCAACAUUCAAAUGCUUAGCUCCCAUUUGCUUUCCCAUAGACAAGAUGCCAGAGAGGUUUUGUUCGGUGGGUCUGGUUUUGUCCCUGAUAUUCCCUUUCUUCAGAGGUGGCUUGAGAUUGCCUGGGAAAAAGGUUUUGAUCCCCUUGGCUCUCAUCAUUUCAACAAUUCUGUCUAUGGUUCUAAACAUUGGAUUGGGACUACUGAGUGCGCUGCCCUUUUUCGCUCUUUCGGCCUUCGUGCUAGGAUUGUUGAUUUUGGUCCUAAGGAAUUGCAAAGCUUUUUUCUUUCUGUUCCCGGUACUAGUCUUGCCUCACCUGUUAUGACAGCGAAUGCAGGAGGCAAGAGAAAAGCCUUCCAAGUUUAUGGACCCAUGGAUAGAUAUCUGCUGGGCCGAAAUGGUGCUGUUUCGCAGCUAGAUUCCGUUGUGAAUGACAAGUCUCAGUUGUCUACCGGCUACAUGGCUGGUGGAAGUGAUCAUUCUGUGGCUAAUAAAUUUCCAAGGAAGAAUGAGGGUCAUAAGGUUCUCCUCGAUUGGGUGUGGAAUUAUUUUUCAGAGGAAAGCUUAACCAUGUCUGCCCAAAACCAACAUGUUGUCAUUACCAACAGACCACCCUUGUACUUCCAACAUGAUGGUCACUCAAGAACUAUUGUUGGGAUUCAAGUAAGACGUCAAGAGAAUGCAGUGCUGCAGUACAACCUCUUGAUUUUGGACCCUGCUCAUAGAACUGUAGCUCUAGAAAGAUCACUUAAAGAAAAUGCUGGAUGGAAGAAGCUAAUUAAAAGAGGAGUUCAUACAUUGAAGAAGCCCCAGUACCAGUUGUGCUACAUUGAUCCCGGGAUAGCAAUUGGAGAUGAGAUGGAGCAGCUCAAGAAAAUAGAUAGUGUCUUCAUUGAAUUUUAG